GUUAUGUACCUACUUAAAACUUAUUAAAAAACUUAAGAUAAAAUAUUUAUUAUUUAACUGUUACUUUUCAGUAUUUAAACUCUAGUAAUAAAUUAUUAAUAAAUUUGUUCUUGUGUUCUGUUCUCUGGCACGUCAAUAUUUAAUAUUUUACAUGUUUCAAAUUGGGAAGUUUAAUAUAAUAACACCUACCAACAGUAUAUUAUUUAGGAAUAAUUUGUGCUCAAAAUAAGGAAUUUGAGUACCUACAUAAUAUUAACUUACAAAAUCAGUUUUGAAAUGUCAAAAAGAAAUAAAAUUUCGUAUAUCAAACCACGAGAACCAUCAUUUUUAACAAAAUUAAAACAAGAAGCCAACUAUAAAGAAGGACCUACUGUUGAUACAAAAAAAAUUGCUCUUCCAACUUAUGAAGAUGACGAAUCAUACGAUGAUGACAACCCUACUGUGGUUGUAUUAACUGAAGGUGAUUUAACUUCUGAAGAAGCUUCCAGAGAGGCAUUAGCCAAAGAACAAGAAGAAAACAGUAAACCAGCAGAUUUAUCUAAGCGUAUAAUCUUCAAACGUCCAGCUAAAACUACUCCUCAAUCGGAAGAAAAGCAUAGAGUGAAUAAAAAGAAAAAACGAACAGAAAAAUUAGUUCUAUCUUUUGAUGAUGAAGAAGAGUAUUCUUAAGAUACUUCUAAAUUACUUUCAUUUAUCAAGACAUGGUUGAGUGAUAGUUGAUUGCAACAAUGACUUUUUCUAAUAAACAUCGAUAUAUGUAUAUAAUAUAGAUUUAUUUUAAUAAAAAAUGUACAUAUAUAAU